AUGAAGAGCGAGGGGGAACGGAGAUGGAAGGGGGGUCCUCGGAGCUGAAAAGGCCUUUGAGGAGCUCCGAGCACGUCAGCGGGGGGCAGGGGCCGAGGUCGCCGAGGCCAGACAGUGGGGUUACGGCAUAGGGCGCGGAAAUGGCGUCGGUCGCCGAUGAUGUGACGAUGGGAAUUACACGCCGUCGUCACCUUGCGCCUUAGUCAGGGUUCCUGCUUUUGGUGUGUGGUUUUUGAUAGAGGGCUCUGUGAGGUUUCGUCUUAUGCGUGGGUGGCAAUGGCACUGACGGCAACUCGGCUUGGGUCGAGAUGCCGUGAUCCGUGGGAUAUCAGAAGGAUGUGAUCGUUGGGAAUAAAAUGAAAACGGCGGCCGCCUGCUUUUCCCUUGCCGGUACGGGAUGUGACGAGACGUAUUACACAUCAUCGAGACCUCAUUGGAUCAAUCGCUGUUCCCAAUCAUCUUCAGUCCUGCAACUCCAACUACAACCUACUUUGCGGCUGACACUUAGACUUAGACGGCACCUGCAAGACGACGACGACGAUGUCUGUUUUCGCACGCUCAACCUUCUCGGCAGCCGGCUACGCCGCCUUCCGGCCUUCCUACCCGGCGUCGCUCUUCAGGACGGUGCUGGCGUACCACAACGCACCGUCGGCGGACGGCACGGCACUGGACCUAGGGUGCGGCCACGGGCUCAUCGCGCGGGCGCUCGCGCCGCACUUUGGGCGGGUGACGGCCAUCGACCCGAGCGCGGGCAUGAUCAAGCAAGCGUCCGAGUCGACGCAGGAUGCCAAGAUCGCGUUCCGGCAAGCGAGCGCCGAGGACAUCUCGUUCGUGGCGGACAGGUCGGUGGACCUCGUCGUGGCGGGCCAGGCGGCUCACUGGUUUGACUACGGCAGGGUGUGGCCGGAGCUCGCGCGCGUGGUGCGGCGCGGCGGCACGCUGGCGUUCUGGGGGUACAAGGACAACAUCCUCGUCGGGUUCCCCGAGGUCAACGGCAUCUUUGAGCACUUUUGCUACGGCGAGGGGGAGGCGGCGCCCGGGAGCGGCUGGGAGACGAUGGGGCCGUACUGGGAGCCCGGGCGGCAGGUCCUGCGGGACGACUUGAAGGCGGUGGUGCCGCCGGCGUCGGAGUGGGAGGCGGUGAGGCGCAUCGUGUACGACCCAGACCGGCGGACGGCGCAGGCGCAGACAGAUGCAGGGACGGACCCGGAGGCGGCGUGGCUGCGCAAGACGCUCAAGCUCGGGGAGUUUGAGCGCUACGUGCAGACCUUCAGCGCGUACCGCGGGUGGAGGGACGCGCACCCCAAGGUCAAGAGCCGGGCGGAGGGCGGCGCGGGGGACAUUACAGAUCUGUUGUUUGACCGUUUGCUUGCGGCGGUGCCGGAGUGGAAGGCCAAGGGUGAUGGGUGGCGGGAUGUCGAGGUCGAGGCGGUUUGGGGCACGACAAUCAUCCUGGCCAAGAGGAAGUAA